CCCAAAGUGAAACGUCUGAUCUAAUUUGGGAUGUUUCUCAUUAUAUUUUAAUUUAAUUUCAUGCAACGCCUAUGUUAUUUUCGCAUUGAAGACAUUGUCAACGAUGGAAGAAGAAGAUCCUGUUGUUCAAGAGAUCCCAGUGUUUUUAUCUCAGGCGUUGGCUAGUAACUUGUACAUAUAUCAGUACCCCGUGAGGCCGGCGAACAGAGAAUGGAAGGAUGUGAAUGUGAUCAAUGCAUUUAUCAAGCCUAAUAAUCAGCUGGUACGGAUGGAAGUUGGGUUGGAUACCUACAGCGAUAAGUACUGCUCGUCUAAAGGCGAGCAGAUCGCCAUAAACACCGAUGGCCAACAGGAAUCAAGAUACAUUAAGGACAAAGAGCGGGAGAAGGCUCAGUACUUCAACAGCGGUAUUAUGGACAAGAUGGCGUUUGAGAGCAGCACUCCAUGCCCGGACACGCAGCACUAUGCAGUAGCCAUUUUACAGGACAAGGAGCUGCACUGCACACCAAUUAAAGGGAUUGUUCAAAUGAGACCAUGUUGCUCCUAUUUCGACAAGCAAGACAAGCGGAGGAAUGAUAAAAACAAGGCUGAAAACUCUGAUGAUGAAGACAAAGAACCUGAGGCUCAACAAGUAACAGUGAAAUUCGCCCGGCAAGAAACGGACGUGGCGAAGAAGGCCCGGGAGAAAUCUUACGAGUCCAUAUCACAGCGCAUCGCUGAAGAGCCCUGGUACCACGCGCUAUGGAAGCAUGCUGACACUGACUAUGCAGAUCUGGAGCGCCUGAAAUUAUUCAGCGCGACGCCAGGCCAAGGCUCAGCCCUGUCGCUCCGCGGGCGGGAGUACGUGCGAGCGCUGGUGCCGCCGCCGCCGGCCGACGAGGCCCAGGCGGCCCCCAAGCGACGAGACCCGGUCGACCAACUUGCUGAUAUACUUAACAAUGCAAAACUCAUGACCUUUGACGAUCUCCGCUCGCUGAUUCGCACGGAAUCCGGACCGCUGAGCGAGUCCGCACUACUAUCCCUACUGAGCGGGCACGCGUGCUGCGUGCGCGGCCUGUGGACCGCGAGAUCCUCGGCGCUCGGAGCCGGCGCUACGGCGGCUUUGUGGCGAGCUGCGAGGGACCAUGUCCUUUACCUGUUCACCCAACACUCCUACAUCGACCGGCGGAAGGUAGCUGCGGCAGUCCGUCUCCCGCCACAAGACGUGCUCGACAUCAUCCGCUCCGUCGCCAAGUUCAACCCCAAGACCGGCUGGGAGCUCCUCAUCCCCCCGGACUCAGCCUUCGAGACCAAACACCCCGAACUGAUCCAGCGACAAAACCUCUACUGGGAGGCCAGGCAACGACUAUUCAACGAGAUGCUCAUAGGAGAAACAGUUCCCAAGCGACAGCGGAAAAAAUCACAAAGAGACUCCGUCAGCUCCGAUAUCAUGAGCCCGAAAGCCAGGACCAAUAGUGUUAGCGAAGAAGACAGCGGGAAGAGAAAGAAGUCUGUGACCGGUGGGAAACGGACUAGGAAUGUGAGCUCUAGUAGUGCGCAGGAUACGUGAUUGUGUGUGUAGAUAGGUUAUCAAAUUGUGUGGUGACGCGUUGUUUAAAGCUGUUGGAGGUGGACUGGAUGCUUGAAAGAGGUAUGGAAUAUGGAGUUUGCCGGCUAUUCGGCCGAAUAUUCGAUUGGGCUAAAAUUGCCUAAAACGCUGAAAACAAGUUCGAAUUGCAGUUCGAACCGAACUAUUCGGCCAAAUACGAACAUUAAAUAACAUGCCGAAUAUCGAAUAGUUACCGAAUAUUCGGCCCAUCUCAAAGGUACAGUAGUACGUCAUAAUCAUUGACUACAAUUGCAUUGUUAGUGUAGUUUUAGUUGACAAUUUAACGACUGAGAAAUGUACCAUGCGCAAAAUGAUCUGACUUUUUUGCAUAUAUAAGGCCUUUAAAGGGAUUUCCUUAUAAACUUUACAAGUAAAUCUCCGGGACCUCCGGGUCCGGUUUUCCGUUGGUGAUGUCCGCGUACAUCAUAGCGUCACAUUGUAUUUGAACUUGAGAACAUCAACACUUCUAUAACUAACUGACGCAGUUUAGGUUGGUAUUCCACCUGUCUCUAUCUAUUGAUCCAGUGUGUUUAUAUUUGCGUCACACAUUUUGCUUAAUGAGAGAGUGAGACGCAAUGCACAUUGGACCAGGAAAUUGGACUGGUGGAAUACCACUCUUACGAGUCUAAUGGACACCAAAGCCUAACUGAGCUCCAGACAACCGUCAAAAAUUUUGGCACACUUAGGACCAUUUGCACCAUUCACUAUCCCAGGGUUAACCGGUUAAACCUAGAGUUUCCAUGGUUACUAGUACAAUUUGACACUGGGUUAACGGUUUAGCCGGUUAACCCCGGGUUAGCGGGAUGGUGAAAGCGGCCCUUACAUUGUUCAUUGAUGAAUGAUGUUAGAGUUGAAAUUAUAUAAGCUCUGAAGAACAUAUGUUAUUCAAAACAUUCUAAGUAGCUAUAAUAACUGAAUGAUGCCUAGGUUAUACCUUGGUGAAAGUCAGAAUUAUCCAGGAUUUUAUCAUGUGAUUUUAUAAAUUUUAUGUAUGGUAUAAAAAUUUGCUUAAAUUACUCUUGUUAGCUAACAAGAUACUCUUAAAAAAAAUCAAGUGUAUAAAUUAGCAAAAAUAUGUGGUUGAAUGUUAUAACAGCAAAAAUCAUUAUUUAUUAAUUGGUUUAAAAACAUUGGUCUCCAGUGUAAAAUAUUGACGUUAUGUGUAGUCACCUAAA